CAGUUCCUCGCUCCCCUACCCCUCCUGGCGGGGUGCGUCUCCACGCCCCUGAGCCCUCAGGGCCCCCAGGCUCCAGCUUUACUGGGAGGUGGUAGAGGGAUAUCCCAAGAAAAAGACCACGACCCAGGAGAAGACACCUGCCCUGAGACCUUCCCCCAAAGCUUGAGGGCAGCCCCAGCACCUGGCAUUGCUGGUGCGGCGAUUCCAGCCUGGCUGGGCAGAGACUACUGCAGUGGAGGAAACAGCGAGGAAGGAGUUGUCCAUGGAGGACUCGUCUCUUAUGCUUGAGGACAGAGCUGGUCUUCCUCAAGACAACAGUAUAGAGGAGGAGGAGGAGGAGGACGAAGGAACGACUUCUGGAUUCUGCUCUGCCCGGGUUCAGGAGUCAGUGACCUUCAGGGACGUGGCCGUGGACUUCACCCAGGAGGAGUGGAGACGUCUGGAUCCUGCCCAGAGGGCCCUCUACAGGUUCGUGAUGUUGGAGAACUAUGAGAACUUCAUCUCCCUCGGGCUUCCUGUUUCUAAAGUGGAUGUGAUCUCCCUGUUGGAGAGAGGGGAAGCCCCACGGCGGCCCGAGGGAGGAGGGCGAGGGCCCCCUGGCCUUUGUCAUGAUUCUCAUAGUUGGCAGACCAUGUUUGAAACCAAGGACUCAAAUGUAAUUCAGGGCAUUUGCAUGGGACCAUCCGCAAAGAAAAGUCUGCCAAAUGACAGUCCCUGGCAUCCCAAAAUGAGAAAACUUGGGGGAUAUGACACAGAAAACCAGAUGGGCAACCAGAAUGGAAAUUCCCAACAAGUAAUAGUCACUCCCAGAACAACUCCUGUUGGGAGAAGUUUUAGUCUGGAGUCGCUCUUUCUCGCACUAUGGAGAGGCAGUAUGGAAGAAAGUCUUUCUAAAUAUAAGACACUUGGACCGAACUUCAGGGAUUUUUCAGACCUAAUUACAUGUAAUACUUUUUCUUUGGGAAAGAAUCUUUCUAAGUACAGCACAUGCAGGAAGCCCUUUAGUUACCCCUCAGACCUAAUCGAAUUUCAUAGAGAACAAGUUGGAGAAAAGCCACAUGCAUACAAUGAAUGUGAGAAAGCUGGUAGCAGAAGGUCAAGUAUUAAUAAACUUCAGAGAAUUUCUAUUAGAGAGAAACAUUAUGGAUGUAAUCAGUAUGGGAAAGCCUUCAACCACAGGGGGAGAUUGACCAAAUUUAAAAAGAUUCAUACUAGAGACAAACUCUUUGAAUGUAAUGAAUGUGGAAGAAGCUUCAGCCAAAAGGCAUACCUUAUUUAUCAUCAGAAAACUCAUACUGGCAUGAAACCCUUUGAAUGUAAUGAAUGUUGGAAAACUUUCAAUAAGAGGGGGCAUCUUAUUCGACAUCAGAGAACUCAUACUGGAGUCAAACCUUUUGAAUGUAAUGUAUGUGGGAAAGGCUUCAGCCAAAGGGGAAACCUUAUUAGCCACCAGAGAACUCAUACUGGAGAGAAACCCUUUGCCUGCAGUGAAUGUGGAAGAGCCUUUAGUCGGAGGACACAUCUCAUUUAUCAUCAGAGAAAUCACACCGGAGUGAAACCCUUUGAAUGUAACGAAUGUGGGAAAGCUUUCAGUGAGAAGGGAAGCCUUACUAGACAUCAGAGAGCUCAUACUGGGGUGAAACCCUUUGAAUGUAAUGAAUGUGGGAAAGCCUUCCGAGAGAAGGGAUGCCUUAAGAGACAUCAGAGGAUUCAUAGUGGAGUGAAACCCUUUGAAUGUAACGAAUGUGGCAAAACCUUCAGUAAACUAGAAACCCUUAUUAGCCAUCAGAGAACUCAUACUGGAGUAAAACCCUUUGAAUGUAAUGAAUGUGGGAAAGCUUUCCAAGAAAGGGGAUGCCUUAAUAGACAUCAGAGAACUCAUACUGGAGUGAAACCAUUUGAAUGUAAUGACUGUGGAAAAACCUUUCAGGAGAGAGGAUGUCUUAAGAGACAUCAAAGAACUCAUACUGGACUGAAACCCUUCACAUGUGAUGAAUGUGGAAAAGCUUUCCGAGAGCGGGGAUGCCUUAAUAGACAUCAGAGAACUCAUAGUGGAGUGAAAUCAUUUACAUGUAAUGAAUGUGGGAAAGCAUUCAGUGAGAAGGGAAAGCUGAUUAGACAUCAGAGAACUCACACUGGAGAGAAAACAUUUGGAUGUAAUGAAUGUGGGAGAAACUUCAGCCGGAGAGCAAAUCUUAUUAGACAUCAAAGAACUCAUACUGGAGAGAAGCCCCUUGCAUGCCACGCAUAUGAAAAAGCCAUUAGUGAGAGUACACGCUUCAUUUAUCAUCAAAGAAUUCAUACUGGAGAGAAAUCUGUUGACUGUGAUGAAUUUGGGAAUGUCUUUAGCCAGCAUGCAUAACUUAUCAUCCAUCAGAAAACUCGGAGGGCUUUAGCAAGAAGGGAUACCAUAUUUAACAACAGAGAAUUCAUACUGGAAUGAACCUUUUUUAACACCUUCAUUUAGAACAGUAGGCCAAAGUAAAUGCCCAUGAAGAGGCAGCUGGUGGCUAAGUGGAUAGAGCACUGGACCUGAGUUUAAA